AUGCUGGAAGCCAUGGACAAAAAACAUGUAACAGCCCUCAUUUUAUUGGACCUGUCUAAGGCCUUUGACAGCAUCAAUCAUACAAUCCUAUUGCAUAAGUUAAAAUGCGUAGGAGCGUCUCCGCUAGCCAUUCAAUGGUUCGAAAGCUAUCUGUCGGGCAGAUCACAAUACGUACGAAUAGGAUCUACUGUUUCCUCAACUAGCGCACUAACCCAUGGAGUGCCCCAGGGCUCUAUUCUUUCACCAUUUUUGUUUGGAAUUUACGUUAAUGAUCUACCAGCUGUGACGGUUUCAAGUGAUCUCGACUCCUACGUUGACGAUUCAAAACUCCAUCUUGCAUUUCUUGUCGAAGACGUACAACAGACAAUAGCUAAACUAGAAAACGAUCUGUAUAAAACCGCUAAAUGGUGCUUGGAACAUCAAUUAUUAAUCAAUCCUGACAAGACCAAAUUACUCUUAGUAGGCACAAGAUCAAUGCUACAGAAUUUACCAACACAAAUCAAUCUGAACUUUCUCGGAAAAACUCUUAAACCAGUUUCAGUUGUCAAAGACUUGGGGAUGCACCUUGAUUUACAUCUCUCCUAUGAUGACCAUAUUUCUAAACUGUCGUCAACGUGCAUAAACAAAUUAUGUCAAAUUAGUCGA